GCCAGUAAGCGGAGUGAUUUGUUCGUUUGCCAUUGAUAUGCGCUGCUCAAUGCAUCUCUUUGGGCUGCUGCUCUGCACUCUGUUGCUGAUUGGCGAGUUGCAUGCCGCACCAGUUGGCGAGCAUCCGGAUCAUGCUGGUUGCAUACGUGUUACGAUCAUCAAACGUCCAUUGACCACUACGACAACAACAACAACAACGACGACGACGACAACAACAACAACAGCGGCUACUACUGUAGCAACUGUGGCACCUGGCUAGGAACUUCUUAUACCAAUAAUUCACACACACAUUUUAUUUUUGUUAAUGAUGAUCACAUGAAGUAUACGUGCGAUACAAUAGCACACAAAAAAACAUAAGCUUAAUGCUCAUUCUGUUGUAUUUUGUACUCGUUGGUAUAUAUAUACGAAAUAUUGCCAUUGGUAUAUAUGAGUUAUUGUUGGUAUAUAAAUUUGGUAUAUUUUAAGAAUCAAACUCCACGGUGUAUGCAUUUAUUGAACUUUUUUAAUUGAAGCAGUAGAGCAAUAAAAUACCAUAACAAAACAUUUAUUCAUACUUAUAGGACAUAAUUAUUGAAGUUCACGUUUAAAUAAAUGUUUUGGUGAAUCCUUGCAAAUGCUUAAAUGUACCAAAUGAAAUAUAUGGUAUAUCGAUAUGGCACUACAAUAAAAAUAUACCACAGAGUACA